AUGCCCUUUGCAACCGCGAACAACCACUGCCUCCACUACACGGAUAUCGCUCCGUCGUCAUCAAGCCAGUCCUCGCCACACACGCUCAUUUUCGUCCAUGGGCUUGGUUCAACCCAGAAUUAUUAUUUCCCCAUCUUCCAAUACCUAACGAGCUAUCGAUGCAUAAUCUUCGACAACUACGGCGCCGGCCGCUCAGAAUACAAGGCCGGAUCCGAGACCUCGAUCGAAUCGAUCGGUAAAGAUGUCCUGGGCCUGCUGGACUAUUUGGAAGUAGACAAAGCGAUCGUAGUCGGCUACUCCAUGGGUGGGAUGGUUCCCACACACCUGGCAUCAACCUCACACUCCCGCGUCGAGGCCGCCAUCCUGAUCGGUCCCGUGCACCCCAGCCCCCAAGUCGCCGAGGUAUUCAAACAGCGCGUUCCCAAGGUACAAUCCGCCGGCAUGGAAUCCAUGGCAAACACGAUUCCCAACGCGGCCACCGGCCCCGCAGCCACGGCUCUCCAAAAGGCGUUCAUCAGGGAACUGCUCCUCGCGCAGGAUCCCCAAGGCUACAUCGCGAACUGUCGGGCCAUCCAGCACGCCACCCCGCCUGCGUACCACGACGUGAAGGUCCCGACUCUGAUUAUUGCUGGCGAGGUCGACAAGUCGGCACCGCUGGAGGGCUGUAAAUUGGUCUUUGAGCGCCUGGGCGUGGAACAAGCGAAGAAGCGGCUCGAGGUAUUGCGUGGCGUGGGCCACUGGCACUGUGUUGAAGCGCCCGAUGAGGUUGGACAGCUUGUACGGGAGUUUGUGGAGGGGUUGUAG